AUGGGAUCUGUGUCUCUGAAGAUCGGCGAUGGCACUGCCCGCUUCAGGCGUGCGACGGUAUGCUCCUCGGCCCUCCACAUCGUCAUGCUGCUCUCCGUCGUCGUCACGAACCUCUUCGCCCUCUACGCCUUCAAGUACGCCCCCGCCUCGCUCGCCGGCAACCGGCAGCACGGCGACAUUGUACUCCCUCAGGAUCAUCACGGCAAUCUUGACAUUAUCUCCGAUCACGUCUCUCUGAUCGUUCGAGAGAUUGAGUCGUCUCAGAAGAAGCUGAGCCAGAUCGAGCGGGAGAUUCUUGGGUACGAAACCCUAGACGUGUCCAAGCCGAACCUGCCUUUGGAGCUCAAGUUGUUCCUCCACCGCCAUCCGCUUCCUCUAGGCAGGGACUCUCGCACCGGGAUCACUGAGAUGGUCUCCUCCGUUGGGCACUCCUGUGCCCGCGCCGCUGAUCUGCUCUCCCUCUCUCUCUACAUGGCCUACAAGCCCGGCGAGGAGUGCCCCGCGGACGCUCAUCUGCAACAUAAGCUUAUCUCCAGGGGCUGCGAGCCACUGCCGAGGAGGAGAUGCCGCUCGGUGGCCACUUCCAAGCCAGGUCUGCUCCCGUUGCCGCAUUCCCUGUGGAAGCCGGUGAGCGAGAAGAUCGUCGGCAGCUGGAACGGAUUCGACAAGCAAAUGUGGGUGAACCCCAGGGGAAAAAACGACUUCCUAAUCGACGAUGUGCUUGCUCUGGGAAGGAACAUCAGGUUGGGCUUCGACAUCGGCGGUGGAGCAGGCAAUUUCGCGGCGAGGAUGGCGGAAAAGAGCGUCACCGUAGUGACGUCCUUGCUCAACGACGGCAACCCCGUCAGUGAUUUCGUUGCAGCUAGGGGCCUCUUUCCUCUCUUCCUGUCUUCAGAUCAGAGAUUCCCGUUCUACGACUCGGUCUUUGACUUAGUUCACACGAUGUACGGGCUGGAGGUUGGCAGUGUCGGGGGAUCGAGGCCAGAGAAGACGGAUUUCUUCCUGUUCGAUGUUGACCGAGUGUUGAGGCCUGGCGGAUUGCUCUGGUUGGAUAAUUGGUAUGUGGCUGAUGAGAAGAAGAAGGGGGAACUGACGGUCCUCAUUGAGAAGUUCACCUACAAGAAGCUGAAAUGGGUUGUGGGCGAGAAGCCCGACCCUUCAGGUUCGGGGAAGAAGAUCUGUCUCUCAGCAGUACUACAGAAACCAGCAAGAGGAGGAUGA